GUGGGAGUGCAGCAUAACCUGAAGGGCUGAAGGCGACCUUUACCUGUUUUACCAUGACAUGAGGGAGCCUAUAAGCCGUCCAAUAUCUUGGAAUCAUGAAUGACAAACUGGUCUUCCUGGGACUUCUCUACUUCAUUCAAGGGAUCCCAUAUGGACUUCAGUCCUCAUUACUCCCUGUUUACCUGCGCGGCGCUGGUCACUCUCUCACCCGCAUUAGUCUAACCAAAGUCCUAUACUUUCCUUGGGUUCUCAAAGUGCUUUGGGCACCCCUGGUAGAUCGGACUGGCACCAAACGAUGCUGGCUAGUUGGUACUGUGACUGGAUUGGCACUUACAUGUUUGGCCAGUGCCACUCUAGCACCUGAAACCCAGUAUGUUGCUGUAGCUGGCUCUUUGUUAGCCAUGAACGUUCUGGCGUCGGUGCAGGACAUUGCGGUGGACGGUGCGGCCGUGCGGUUGCUACGGGGACAGGGUGAGGUGGGGCUUGGGAACACGGUUCAGGUAGUGGGCUACAAGGCCGGCUCGGUGUUCGCCGGCGGGGGCCUGCUGGCCGUCAUCGACGUGGCCGGUUGGGGCUGGAUGUUUACGCUGUUGGCCUGCGUUUACGGAGGGGUGGCCCUGUUUGUUUGGGGCGCGCCUGUCCUUGACGGGGAACCGUCCCGUACGCAGGGGGAAGGCAGGAAGGGGUCCCAGGACGUGGUACGCCCGUGGAAGGUGUGGCGGAAGUUGAUGUCUGUCCCAGGAACGCCGUGGUUGGUGGUCUAUGUGCUCACGUACAAACUCGGUGAGCAGGGUGCAAUCACUAUGUUUCCCCUUUUCCUUCUGGACCAUCAUAUGACUGCACGGGAAUUGGGUAUAUGGAAUGGUAUGGUUGCCAUGGCGUUUUCCAUCUGUGGUUCCUCAAUUGGAGGCUUCCUCCUCUCCCAUUACAGUAUCGGUACGCUGAUGAGACGCGUGUUUGUCAUGAGAACGGUUAGUAUGGUUUUCCAGAGUUCCCUGCUGACUGUCCUAGAGCCUUCUCCCCUAAUGAAAGGUAUGGCAGUGUUCAGUCUGAGUGCUCAGCAUUUUCUUGCUGGGCUCAUCACUACGCUUACCUUUACCACCAUGAUGAACUGCACACAGAAGGCUGAAGAAAGCAUACAGGCGACUCACUACAGUUUCUUGGCCACGCUGGAGGUUUUGGGCAAGCUAAGCUUCAGCACUUUAGCGGGAGGCAUGGUGGACUCAGUGGGCUUCCCUGUCUCCUUCCUCCUCUUCCUCUUCCUCACUUCCAGUAGCGCACUCCAUGUGUGGAGAGCUACAGAGAUUGGUGUGCUAAAGGACCAGCUGAAGGAACAGCCACAGUGAAGAGCUUGGCUACCUCUGUCUGUGUCUUGUGGAGAUGGAAGUAUGUAUAAGUGUGUGCAAGUGUGUGUGUGUCUGUGUGUGUUAACGUGCUCAAAGAACAGUUGCAAUUAACAGCUUCUC